AUGCACCACAGUGUAUUCCUAUCUAUCUAUCUAUCUAUCUAUCUAUCUAUCUAUCUAUCUAUCUAUCAGUUUUGUUUUGACAUUCUGUUUCUGUGGAUUCUUGCACAAGGACUGCGGUGGGGCAUGAUGUGCUCUGGGAAUGCUCGCAUUCCCCAAACAACCAAUCAGGGCUGCAAAUGUCUAAAUAUGAGGGAGUCCCUCCUUGGAAUUCUACCUGGGCCUUCUUCUUUUGGUCACCUAAUCAAACACAUCUCCUUUCUGUGUGAGUGCCUCUCACCAUCACUGCCCAAGGGGCAUGGAAAGUCCUCCACCUUCCCUGAAAUUACACCUGAGCCCUCUCCUCCUUGGUCACCUGACCAAAUCCAUCCCCUGAUGGCUCAGCAUUGUCUCACUCAACAGCCAAAUUUUAAUUAUCAUUCAAAAUUCUUUCUUAUUAUGCUAUUGUGUGCUUGUUUUCACAUUUGGAAAUUAUCAUUUUUAAUCCAUCAUCAACCAAGUGGCCAAAAGUGA